UUAAACAUUGUGUUGCAUUUUUUUGUAGGUUUGGUUUAGAGUUUUUAUUGUAUUGGCGCCAGUUUUCAGAGUUUAGCGACUGAUUUUAGUGCAAUAACGAGGCAGAGAGUGCGGAGCACCAGGCCCGUGAUCAUGGACAAGUUUCUGCUGCGCAAUCCCACAUGGAAGACGAAGACGUACGGCUCGAUCGCGGCCAGUUCCGCCAAAUCCGUGGCGUCGCCGAUCCGCCGACCGUUGCAGGAUUCAAAUCUGCCGGACUCCAGGUCCAAACCGUCGCCCCUGACACCCAAAUCUCAAUCUCAGGUCCCAGCAGAUGACCAGGUGGCCAAGGAUCGGCUGAUGCUCAAGCCCGUCCAAGCCGUCUCGAAGGCAAUCUCCCAGCACCGCUCCGAGUUCCAGAAGGAUCAGGACAAGGACGAGGCGGCCGGAUCGGUAGUAGCUUCUCCAAACGGAGCAGCCUGCGCCACGCCCACCAGAAAGGAGGGACAUUGGGCGCGACUGCAGCAAGAUCUCAACAGCCCCAAUGCUGCACUGCGUCUGCGCGCUAUUCGUGCCUUAAAGAGCCCCACUACGUCAUCGUACAACACCUUCGAUGUGCCCCUUGCCGAACAGAGCAUCAUCACCAUGGAGGAACGCAAUCCCAAGGAGCCACCCACCCUGUCUGAGAUGCUCAAGGACAUAGUUGUCUACGUGGAGGUGCGAACCGGAAACGACAAUCGUUCCGAGGGCGUAAAAACAAUCAUAGCCAAGAUGGGAGCCCAAGUCAAAGAUCGCCUAUCGCGCUCCAUUACCCAUGUUGUCUUCAAGGAUGGCCAGCUCUCAACUUAUAAAAAAGCCGCGGAGUGGAAAAUACCCGUCGUUUCGAUUCUGUGGAUUGAGGCCUGCAAGGUGCAGCGCAAAAUCUGUGAUCCCAGCAAGUUUCCCAUCAGCAACAUACGCAUGUACGAGUAUCCAGAGCUUUUCGGAAAGAUGCCGCGCGUCAAGUUUAUGCAGCCGGAUUCAGAAUUAAAUCAGCGUCCAAAAAAACGUCAGGGAACGCCCACAUCCUCCAAGGAUAAUGAGCCAGGAUCGGCCAACAAGCGAGCACAACCGGGAACUCCUACCACUACACCAAAGAAUGACAUCAGCCGCUUCUUCAGGGGCCUUAACAGCAACAAAGCUUCAAAUGAUGAGGUAAUCGAGUCACCAGCCACCAAACUACUAAACAGGAUAAGCAAUGGCUGCUACACUCCCUUACAAGCAUUUUCUCCGUCGCAACAAAAGGGAACCAAUGGCAGUGGAGAUGCUGUGGCCGAAAAAGUGCAGGCCCAGAAGAGCUUGCAAUUCGGAGAGCAGUCGGUCAGCAAUACCCCUCAGCCGAUUCCAUCGAGCAUGCCUAGGCCACGGCGGAGUACAGUGGAUCCGCCUCCGGUGAUGACUCCUCCAGUGCGCACCAGUCGCCGACGCAGCUGCGUGGCAGAAAUCAGCAGUCCGGCCGCAUUGGAACCAAGAAUGACUCGUCGCAGGAGCUCGCUCCUCGUAGGCGUUGUUACCACGGCAGUACAGGAAACUGCACCGGCUCCAUCUUCAGCUAUGGAGCCCAGGAUGACACGUCGCAGGAGCUCCUUACUAGUAGCGGCCAAACAACCCCAAGAACCGGCCCAAAAGCAAACCAUUCAAACCAUUACCGAGGAGCUGGCUCCCAUUGCAAAGGGCAGGAAUUCGCUAGUAAUGAAAGAUAACAAGAUAACCAACCAAACGAAUUGCGUAGAACAGUCGAUAGAGAUUUCCGCCGUGGAGGCGGAAGCAUCUUACAAAGCGGACAGGCGAGGCACCCUUUACGCCUCCGAAUGGAUGGACAUAAGUACUGCCCGGCGCCGCAACGUGGCCACAUCCAGCUCUGAGCUGCAAGACGAAAACGUUGCCCUGGCCAGGCAAUCGCUUAACAACAUAACCACGCAGACAUCCAAUUCCACCAUGGAGGAGCCACUGACGCCGCUUUUCAGCUCUACGCGUCUUCCCAGCGGACAGUCCACGGGGAAUCGGAGGCGCACCAUUUUCAACCUGGAUAUGGAGGUGAUAAACGAGAGCAUCGAAAGGAUCAACCAGUCGCAUCGCAGAUCUCUGGCCAUGGCAAAUGAGGCGGAGUUGGGCGAGUGUCGCAUAGUGUCGGAGGCAGAGCAACCGCAGGCGGAGGCGAUCCCAUCACAGGAGCCCAAAAGGCGGCGCCUUUUCAAUCCAAAUGACGAGGUGGUCAUUUCGCCACCGAAAAGCAAUAGAAAGAGUCGUCUUAGCAUCACUGCCUCGUCGGGCUCCGUUCAGAAGCGUCGUCGAUCGCUGGCAACUCCUGCUAGAAUCUCCUCUUCGGAUAUAGUUUUACCGGUUCCUGCUCCUAAAACAAUCACUACCACGCAGGAAGAGGAAUCAAACGAACAUUUUUUAACUCCCGAGCCUUCGGAGAAUGCCAUUCCUGAACUAGAAGAUUCCUUACUAGACGCAGAGGAAGUAGCAGACAAGCCAAAGGGCAAACCACGUUCCCGGAUUCGCACUCUCGUGCACACCAACAUGCACCAGGAGCAGAUCCAGGUUAUCCACAAGGCCCUGCGCAAGUUGCGCGGCAUGCGUCUGGAUCCGACCGUGACCCAGCGCACAACCCACCUGAUUAGUCUGGAGCCGCGGCGAACCCUUAACCUCCUGCGAGGGUUGAUGCGUGGCGUCUGGAUCGUAAGCUACCAAUGGGUGUUGGCAUCGAUUCGGGCCGGCAAGUGGAUCGGCGAGGAGCCCUACGAGCUCACCCGGUUCUCGCGGGCUAUCCAGAUUUGCCGCACCGAGCGCCAGGCCUUUGGCGUCCACUACCAGUGCGAGUUGUUCCGCUUCAUGGAACCCUUCUAUGUGUCUUCGCUCUGCCCACCCGUGCAAUUCAACAACAUGAAAGAGCUGCUCCUGCUUGGCGGCGCCACUUUAACUGAGAACCGCUUCAAGGCCAAGUACGUCAUCGGGGACAAGCGACGGGCCGAGGACGAGCGCAUCUAUCUGGAUCCCUACUGGGUGCUCGACAGCAUCACCAACAUGCAGAUCCAGCGGUUCGGCAAGUACCUGAUGAAGUGCGCUAUUAUCUCGGCCGAUGGCAUACGGUACGAGGAUCCCAAGGAACGCCUGAUGGAGGCCCAAUCCCAGAGACGGAAUCAUGACUACAUCGAUCCACCAUUGGUGUUGGACAAAUAGAGAUCCCGGGUACCAUUCACGUAUUUUUCGCUGUCAUAAAAGUCGUAUUUUUAAAGCAUUUUAUAUAUUUUUUUCGUUCAAAACUUUAUAAAUACGCCUAUGUAAAUAUAGUUAAAUUUAAUAACUCAA